AUGGAUCCCGAGAUUCAACAAGCCAGUGAUGCAUUGCGGGCCUCGGAUCCUGAUCUGCAAGAAGAAGACACCAUUCGUUCUACAAAUGUUGGUGGUUGUCCCUUUGCGCAUCACCACCACCAUGGUAACUCGUCGUCGUCGUCGUCGUCCUCCAAGGAGGAGCCAUCGCCCUAUCAAUUCAUUCCCCUCCACAGUGGUAGUCACAAGUCGACAGAGAGCACGAAACGAUUAAUGCAAGAAGAAAUCUCGUUUGACGAUUUGAAGAAAAUGACCAAUAAUUUUUACCAAUUGGCCUUCAAGGACCAUACCCUCGACAAGUUCAUUCGAUCCCGCGAUGAUCCCCAUGCCGAUCGAUUUGCCAAGUGGAUUCAUCAGAAAAUGGCCGGUUCCGACCUUUGGGACCAAGAUCGAGAAACUCGAGACUUGACUCCGGUGACCAUUGCCAACGAUCGGGUUGCCAUUGUCCGCGAUCGUACCUCGGCCCACAUCGCCGCCUGGUUUUCUCCCAAACGUUCGCCCGAUCAAGUGGGUCGACGCUUUCAACUGGACGAGUGUCGAGUUUGGAUGCGAUUGCAUUUUUGGGCCAUGCGGCAGGCUGGAUUGGUGGAGAAAAGUCCAACCUUUGCCGACUAUUAUGUAAGGUUCAUUGGCCAUUUCGUGGCGGUCUAUGAAAAAACCGCGAGAAAGUUUGCACGAGAAAGCUUUCGUUGGAGUGCGGAUCCCAAGAAUACCGAAGCCUACAUUUUAAACGGACGCAUCAUGAAAGAUGUCUUGGGCGUCAAACACACAGAGGCCAAGGCGACAUUACCAGAAGAAGAAGUGGACUACCAGUGGCCACACCAUCAAUAA